UAAGCAAAUAAAUAAGAAUAGAAACCCAUCUUCCUUGAACCUCUAAUUCAUUCAUAUAUAUGCAAGGCAGCUAAUUAAUUAAGCACAGGCCCCGUCUUACAAUGGCUUCGUCGUCGUCGUCGUCUUCUUCUUCUUCUUCUUCUUCUAAAUCUCUGCAUCUUCUUCAUUGCAAAUCGAUCAGCAUGUGGGUGCUGGUUCUGUUCAUGGUCUUGAUUCUUCUAAGUGGCUCAUGUGGUGCAAUAAGAACAGGGAAAACAACCAGUUCUGGAUCAGAAAGCUCAUCAGACCAUCAGAUUCUGAAAAGAAAUGAGAAUCAAUACUACAGCACCAGGGGAGGCUUGGUCUUCAAUUUCUUCCCCAAAGGAAUCCCCAUCCCACCUUCAGGUCCCUCCAAGAGACACAACUCGGUUGUGGAUUCUACGCCUCACAACUAAUAAAAACAACUUUUUGCUUCAUCAAUUGUAUGAUUUUAUAUAUUAAUUCACUUUCCUUCUUCUUCUUCUCAUUCCUUUCACUUUCUUCUUUCUCUGGUUUUGUAUUCAUACGAAGCAGAAGCAGAUCAGAUCCUUGAAAGGACUGAACAACUUUUUUUGGGUUCUCUUUCUUUUUGCGUUUUUUCUCUCUGGACUUUGGGAUUACUGUUAAAGUAUUAUAGUGUACAGAAAAAAAAUGGUUGACAUAGUAAUAUAUGAUUAUUUUUUGGUAUGAUUUUAUGAGGUUUUUGAUAUUAA